CCAUAAGACAAACACGCGCCUGCGUCUGGGAGACGACAGUUCUGUGACGGUCCAAUAUCGCGAGACUCGCACCGCAGCUUCCGCAGUCGCAGAAGGUCGCCCGUUGGUGUGGAGAGUCGUGAGUCCGACAACGAUUCAGUUUGCCUGAAUAAUUCAACUUCAGGUGGCUAGGUGCAAGGCAGAUUGUCAGGUGCUCAGUGACUAGAGAGAGAGAAAGAGAGACAAACGAACAGUGCCAUCUCCAGAAGUGAGACAGACAGGCGACAGUGGUAUCAUCGUCAGCAAGGCGACAGCGAAGCGGAUAAACGAGGAGGGUGAACGCUGAUCAUGUCGCACACGCGUCUGCGAAGCGCCGCGAUCGCCGGCGGCUGGUCGUCGAGGACGUCGACGGCGGCGGCGAGGCAGACCGUAGGCCGCGACGGAGGUGGCGGCGGCAGCGGGGUGUUGAUCGGCCGAGGAGUAGGGACAGCAGCGGCGGAUAGGCGCGCCGUUGGCAGGCCGGCAGCGUCCCGCUCACCGAUGCUAUUGCAGCCGCUUAUUCCCUGUCGCGGCAUGGCUGGUGCCGGGUCCGGCAAGGUCCUCACCGGGGACAAUGUGUACGAGAACCUGCGCAAGAUGGAGUACGCGGUGCGGGGGCCGCUGCUCCUCAGGGCGAUCGAGAUCGAGAAGGAGCUGCAAAAGGGCGUCAAGAAACCCUUCAAAGAAGUGAUCAAAGCCAAUGUGGGAGAUGCUCACGCGAUGGGUCAGCAGCCUAUCACGUUCUUGCGGCAAGUACUGACGCUGACGGUUUCCCCGAACCUCUUGACCGAUCCGAGUUAUCCGGAGGACGCCAAGGAGCGCGCGAGAACGGUCCUUCACGGUUGCAAAGGCGGCAGCGUGGGCUCGUAUUCGGAGUCCGCCGGCAUCGAGUGCAUUCGCAAGCACGUCGCACAGUAUAUUCAGGAUCGUGACGGCAUCUCCUGCGACUAUCACAAUAUCAUCCUAUCGAACGGAGCUUCCGACGGCAUCAAGUCAUUCCUGAAGUUGUUCAACGAGAAGAUCAAUGGCAAACCGUCCGGUGUGCUGAUCCCGAUUCCGCAGUAUCCUUUGUACUCCGCAACGCUCGCGGAAUUCGGCCUCGCUCAGAUUGGCUACUACCUCAACGAGGACAACAAGUGGUCCCUGGACAUAGAUGAGCUGGACCGAGCCCUGAAAGAAUGCAAAGAAAAAUGCAAUCCUAGAGUGCUGGUGGUGAUAAACCCCGGUAAUCCGACUGGGCAGGUAUUAACGCGCUCCAAUAUCGAGAACAUUAUUCGCUUCGCCCACAAGAAUCAUCUCUUCUUGCUCGCUGAUGAAGUCUACCAGGAUAAUAUAUACGACAAAGACAGUGCAUUCCAUUCCGUCAAGAAGGUGAUGACGGAAAUGGGUGAGCCGUACUCGAAGAUGGAGCUCGCGUCAUUCAUGUCUAUCUCGAAAGGCUACAUGGGCGAGUGCGGUAUCCGCGGUGGUUACGCCGAGAUCAUCAACAUGGAUCCGCAAGUAAUGGCGGUCUUGCUGAAAUCGAUCUCCGCGAUGCUGUGCCCCACCGUUCUCGGUCAGGUCGUGAUGGACGUUGUGGUAAAUCCGCCGCGACCGAACGAACCGUCGUAUAAACAAUUCCAAGAGGAAAAAGCCAAAACGCUGCGAUCUCUCGCGGAGAGAUCGCAACUUGUCGUUGACACGCUCAAUAGUAUUCCCGGAUAUAAAGCGAACCCGGCGAUGGGCGCGAUGUACGUUUUUCCUCGCUUCGAAAUACCCGCGAAAGCGAUUGAGGCGGCGAAAGCAAAGGGCCAAGAGCCAGAUAUUUUCUAUGCGUUCAAGCUAUUGGAAACCACCGGAAUCUGUGUAAUCGCCGGCUCGGGUUUCGGCCAGAAACCGGGCACAUAUCACUUCAGAACCACUAUCCUGCCGCAGAAGGACAAAAUCAAAACGAUGCUCGAGAGUUUGAAGCAGUUCCACCUCAAGUUCCUCGAGGAGUACAGUUAAAUCAAAUAUUCGACGAAAAAAACGUGGAUUGGAGGCAUACGACAAUGCGCUGUAUGGGUAUCCAUGUGAGGACCAGUCUCUUAUUCGAACAUCACGAAUGUGCAAUAUUUUUAUUACGAUCAAAUACCCAAAGUUGAAGAUCGUCACUUGGCGUACGCUACUUGUUAUUGAAUUGUAUAGAAAGUAUAAUCAGGUUCUCUGACGUUAUAUGUAUAAAAUGUAAAUCAUCAGGCGACGUGUACGAAUAUGUGUAAAUAUCUCUAGUGUGUUGUUAUCGUUAUGCCAACGAGGGUUAAUGAAUAUCGCGGUGGACGACCGUCAAUAAAAAGAACAAAGCAAA